GACGCUUCCUAACGAUCCACGGGGGUCUUAUCUAGCUGAUUCAUAGCGACGGAGAAACCAAUUCAUAAUGGGAAAGAUAUUGAAGCCCGUAUAAAAUCUCCGAUCGAACACAUCUUCGAGUUCAUUAGUGCUGCCCAAGGGGAGACAGUGGACUCAGUUGGCGGAGAUGAUGAGAUCGGUGGUGGCUGUAGUGUUCCUAGGUUUGAUGCUGGCGGGUGCCCUGGCAGCUCCACCUAUCGAGACCCGUAUCGUGGGUGGCAAGGAUACCGCCAUUGAGCAGCAUCCGUACCAGGUUUCGCUUCGUCGUGGUGCUAGUCACACCUGUGGAGGAUCGAUUAUCAGUGCUGGUGCUGUGCUGACAGCGGCCCACUGCGUGUACUAUACAAAUGCCGAACCUACCGAUUUUUCGAUUCGCGCCGGAUCUACUCUGCGCAACGAGGGUGGACAGUUGAUCACCGUCGCCCAAAUGUUCAUCCAUCCGGACUACGACGAUUGGACGCUGGAGUGGGACAUUGCCGUUCUGAAGUUGUCGGAGAAUUUGGUGUUCGGAGCAGGCGUUCAACCUGUCGCGUUGCCUGCUAGCAGUCUGAAGAUUUCCCCCGGAUCCACGGCCUCGAUUGCUGGAUGGGGAUCCCUCUAUUACCAGGGACCCAGUCGCAGCCAUCUCCAGCAGGUGUCUGUGCCGAUUGUGGAUAAUGGCGCUUGCAGCGUAGCGUAUCAGAACUUUGGACCGAUCUGGUCGUUCCAUCUGUGUGCCGGUGCGCGUGGAAUCGACGCCUGUCAAGGGGACUCCGGUGGUCCACUGGUGCAGGAUGGCACCGUCAUCGGAGUGGUGUCCUGGGGCUACGGGUGCGCCUUCAACGGAUAUCCGACGGUUUAUACGCGCGUUUCCGAGUUCAUCGAAUUCAUCCGACAGCAUAUGUAAGACACUUCGAUCGUUGAGAAAUAAAUGUAAUUUGCGGCCCUUCUGUGAUAAGAA